AUGCCUCCUGUCCUUUCACCACCGUUGAUGGCGCUUCCGGCCAACUUGCAUUCAUUCCCUGAGGUUAUUCCAAGUUAUAGCUCACGGGCUCGAUCGGCCAGUAGCAGUGAAUCGGAUACUUGGUCUCGUCACAGUGCUGUAAUGACCCAUCAGCCACGGAUUUAUGGCCAGUCUACUGAGCCCCCCCUUGUUUAUCAGCAAAGCCCCAAACGGGCGUUUCCGCCAGCCAGAGAACUCACUCCCAGAGAUUCUCUUGUUGCCACUGGGCCCCAGAAACAAGGACCGGAUCUUGACUUUCAUCCCUUGAAUACUGAUAAUGCCGUCUCCGUGGAUAAUUAUGGACAUUUUUCUUAUUCUUCCGGGCUUACGGCCUUCUCCCCCGUUGGACCAUCUCCUUUUGCGGCUUCCUAUUACCCUGGACAUGGAUAUUCUGCUCGCAUGACUUCGGAAUCCCUUGGGCGUGAUUAUGACAUGAUGAAACCAGUGGAAACAACUGAAUGCCUAGUUGAGUCAAGCAGCCGGCGCGCUGCCGAUAAAUUCAGAAGUGGUUCCCGGUACCGCUCUCAGAGGCGUCCGUCUAAUAGAGACGAGUUUGAUGGACCUCAUCAGCUCCUGGAUAUGCCCUCACCACGGACAAUAGCAGCCCAGGAAAAGGAUUUGCCUCAUCUGCCCACUAAUCUUGAUGUCUCAGAGCAAGACCAGAUUCUGAACGCGGUAAACGACCGUUUGUCGCAGUGUGCAUUCGAUUUUGUUGCCAAGUACCAAUUCCCAAUCCCCUUGGAACCGGACAAGAGACAAGUGAGAAUACCCUCGGACCGUGAAUGGACAGAGUGGGUGCAUCUCCUGAAAAGGCUGGCCACCAAACGUCGUAUUCCGGCCAGGGUUCUCUACAAUGGCCAGAUCAAACAGCUUGUUACCAUCCUGGAGAACUCCCUGGAAAUGAGACAUGCUGCCAAGCAUCAAUCCAGACCCAUCAAGGAUGACCGGAACGUGCUUCAGCUUAUCUCCGCAGGCACGCAGGUCGCUAAGAUCCUCAAAGAUGCCAGUGCAAUGGAAUUCCUAGACCGUGUUUAUGUCCAAACGGAGAAGCGUAUCCAGGAACGACGGAACCGUCGUCCUUCAUCAGAUUCCAGAAAGUAG